AUGAUGUCCUCAGGGAGCUUUCCCGGUUCAAGUGAACUUCUCUACACAAAUCUUGUCGCUAACUCCCCUCAAUUGCUGUUGCCUUUCUCGUUGGUCGCAUACAACAGCCUCUUCACUUGUAUGCUUCUCGCCAACGAAUGGAAUCAAUAUGCCCACAAUCGCAAACCUCUUCGCGUGACGAGUCCCAGCGGCCUCCAACGUUCCACAUACCGUUUGCAGCUACCAUACAGAUAUGGUGUACCCCUUGAAGUCAUCUCUGAUACGCUGCAUUGGCUAGUCACACAAAGCCUGUUUCUGGCGCGAGUGGCUUUUUUUGAUGACGGCGGUCAAGAAGACAACGGUGCCUCCUACUCAACAGUCGGCUACUCAUGCAUAGCCAUCAUCAAUGGCAUCAUACUCGGCGCCAUUGUCGUCCUCCUCGGAAUUAUGGUCGGCUUCAGAAGAUACAAACCCGGGAUCCCACUUGCCGGCAGUUGCAGUGCCGCCAUCAGUGCUGCGUGUCACCCGACUGAGGACGAUGACGCCGCCGAUAAACCCUUGAUAUGGGGUGUAGUAAGCACGAAGGACGGCGUCGGACAUUGCUGUUUCACUAGUUUCGAGGUGACGGCGCCUGUCGUGGGCGAGCUUUACGGUGCUCUAGAUAGACAACACUGA